GGCUCCAACCAUUUAGGGUUUCCACUUUAGCCAUUUUGUGAAGGGGGAUUUCCCAGAAGCCAAGCAAAAAUGGUUGUGAAUACUUCCAAGAGGGAGAAGAAAGAGAAGUACGACCAGAAACUGUGUCGUCUCCUCGAUGAGUACUCUCAGGUCUUGAUCGUGGCUGCUGACAAUGUCGGCUCCACCCAGAUGCAGAACAUCAGGAAAGGUUUGAGGGGUGACUCCGUCGUCCUCAUGGGAAAGAAUACUAUGAUGAAGAGGUCCAUCAGGCUUCAUGCUGAAAACACUGACAAUGAUGCUAUCAGAAACCUCAUUCCUUUGCUUGUGGGGAAUGUGGGGUUGAUUUUUACCAAGGGUGAUCUGAAGGAAGUUCGUGAAGAAGUUGCUAAAUACAAGGUUGGGGCUCCAGCGCGAGUGGGUCUUAUUGCUCCGAUUGAUGUCGUUGUGCCCCCUGGAAACACUGGCCUUGAUCCUUCUCAAACUUCCUUCUUUCAGGUGCUUAACAUUCCGACCAAGAUCAACAAAGGUACAGUGGAAAUUAUCACCCCCGUGGAGCUGAUUAAAAAGGGUGACAAGGUUGGCUCAUCUGAGGCUGCCCUUCUGUCUAAGCUUGGGAUAAGACCAUUUUCCUAUGGUCUCGUUGUCCUGUCUGUUUAUGACAGUGGAUCAGUCUUCAGCCCCGAGGUGCUUGAUCUAACUGAAGAUGAUCUUGUCGAAAAGUUUGCUAAUGGGGUGUCCGUGGCUGCUUCCCUUUCACUAGCUAUUUCAUACCCAACUCUCGCUGCUGCACCUCAUAUGUUUGUGAAUGCCUACAAGAAUGCUCUUGCUGUUGCUGUGGCUUCAGACUAUUCUUUCCCUCGGGCUGAGAAAGUCAAAGAAUACCUGAAGGAUCCGAGCAAGUUUGCAGUUGCUGUUGCUGCAGCUGCUCCAGCUUCCGGUGCUGCCAAUCAAGAGAAGGUAGAGGAGCGCGAGGAGCCCAAAGAUCUGGUAGAGGAGUCGGAAGAAGAGGACCUGGUUUUUGGUCUUUUUGACUAAGUAAUAAAUAUUCGUAGGUUGAUUUAAAUUACUUAGCAGUUAUCAUUGCUGGAAUUUUUUUAUUCACAUGAUGAUAAUAUGUUGGAUGAUCUUGUUUCCCUUGUUCCACAAUUCAGCUUUUGAAACUUUUAGUGCUAUAGCUUUUAGUUUGUUGAUAUACUAUAGCUUUUGAAAUUCUCCCAUGGGGAGGUACUACUUGCCAAGAAUGAAAGAAGAAAAAAAAAACCAGAAACAUUUCGAUGUCCUGCCAGCACUUGUUCAGGAGAAGCCAUUUUUUUGUAAGCAACAAAACUAGGGGAGGCAUCAUACUUACUAGCAGCAGAUGAACCUUCGUGCAUUGAUGUGACUAGUGGCCGAUUUUCAGCGCGCCCUUGUUUUCCUUUCCACUUCAGCAGUAUAUUCUCUUCCUUUUAAUCUGUUUUUCUCCUCCUCUCCAAGAAAUCCCACAGGCACAGGUAAACUAAAACAGAAAAACAUUCUUGCUGAUUGGUUGAUAUUUUAAGCCAUGACAUCUCAAGGCUUGAGUUUUUGAUGAAGGUGGAGUGUUUGGAGUUGAGGUAUAUCCGAAUCAAAUGUUGAUAAGUUGAUCACUUGAUUUUGCUCUAUUAGUUCUCUAUCGUGUUUAAGCGAGUAUACAUGCAUGGGAUGCUCCGUGCCUCAUAUGAAAUUACAGACGGUAAAGCUAAGGUUCUAAUCCCCAAUGCAGCACGAAUGACGCGUGCACAUACACAAAUAGACAAGAGGCAGUGGGCAA